AUGCCGGAGUUCUUCCGCCAGGCAUUCCAGGAGCUAGGCACUUCUUUGGAGAAUGAAGGUAUUCAUAUGCUUGAGUGUGAGCCCAACUACUGCAUCUGGUUUCCAGAUCAUGAUCACAUCGAGCUCUCCCGCGACAUCCCCCAUCUCAAAGCGCAAAUGGAGUAUCAUGAGGGGCCAGGGGGGUUCAACCGUUUCUGUACUUUCCUUGCCGAAUCGGGCCUGCAAUAUGAGCUUUGUAAGGAGAGUGUCUUCAAACAAAGCUUUCCCACCCUAAGAAGCAUGUUCCAUCCGGCGCUUUUCAAAGGUUUCCUUCAUAUCCGGCCUUGGACGAGCAUGUACAGCCAAGUAGCCAAAUAUUUUCGAUCGGAAAAGAUGCGUCGCGUUUGGAGUUUCGAAAGCAUGUAUCUCGGGAUAAGCCCUUAUCGCGCCCUAGCCAAGAUCGAGCUCAGUGAUGAUAAUGCAAAAGCAACAGGUGUACGUUUGGAAACCGGCGAGGUUCUACGAGCUGAUAUCAUUGUGGUGAAUGCUGAUUUGGUCUAUGCUUAUAACCAUCUUCUGUCUCCCUCCCGCGAAGCUGAACGCCUACGCAAGCGGUCUACCUCUUGCAGUAGCAUCUCAUUCUACUGGGCCUUCAAUGAGCAGAUUCCUGAGCUUCGACCUCAUAACGUGUUUCUGGCAGGCCGGUUUCGCGAGAGCUUUGAUAGGAUCUUUGACGAUCAUGACGUGCCGGAAGACUUCUCCUUCUAUGUCAAUGUUCCCAGCCGGGUAGAUGUGACAGCUGCCCCAGCAGGCAGGGAAUCCGUCAUGGUUCUCGUCCCGGUUGGUCGAUUAGUCGACACCCUGGAUCGUGAUGAAGAAGAGAAACGGUGGAAUAUAUUAGUAGCUCAAACGCGCGACAUUGUCCUUGACACCAUCGAAGCACGUACAGGAGCCCGCAAUCUGCGUGAAAAGCUUGUCCACGAAAUUGUGAACAGUCCUCUUACGUGGCGUGAAAAGUUCAAUUUGGAUCGCGGAGCCAUUCUAGGCUUAUCUCAUGACUUUGACAAUAUUCUUUGGUUUCGUCCACAGAUGAAACAUUUCGCUAUUAAAGGUUUGUAUUUUACGGGCUCUAGUACACAUCCAGGCGCAGGAGUUCCCGCAUGUCUGCUCAGUGGCAAGUUCGUGGUCCGAGAGAUAAUGAAAGACUGGAUGGAAGCGAAAACUACCACCAAGGAUUAUAGACGCUGGGUAAUGUUGGCAAUGGCGUUUGGGCUUCUGACGGCUCUCUCUAUAGCAAGGUCGUCCUACCGGUGGUAG